CACAUCUUUGCAUCCAGAGCUGAUGUUACGCAGGUGCAGGCCCAAUCGAUCGUGUCCGAGAGCCAAGCCUAAGUCACAACCUGAUCGUGUAGACUUUUGCACCGCCUUGUGCAUGUCGACAUGUAUGUGAUGCAGCCAGCACCUUGCGAGCCCUACACUCCAAAACUCACGAGACUGUGACUCCGAGCUGGGAGCUCGGACCGUGGCCAUCGUAGCUGCUCGUCCUAUCCUCGCUCAGAUUGGGCUCCAACACGAGCAUCGUACCCGAAGCCUUCGGCCUCUUAUAUCUCGAAGGUUCACGUCACGUCUUAAGAUUCAUAACUCUCGAAAGGAGUAGGAGCAGCAGUCUCAGAUUCCUGUAAAGGCUACAUCCAUUGAAUGGUUGGAUGGAUAAAGGCUAUGGGAACUGUACAUCAGAUGAAACUCAAAGCUGACAGUUUCUCGAUCUCCUACUACUGUACAUUCAUACCCUGAGGACGCCAUUUCAUCCUCUCUACAUUCAGAUUUGAUGAGGGAGGCGCUAUGGGGAGCUACGAACUCCCUACAAGGAUGAACUUUAAUGGGGCUCAGGGUGUCGAAAUGGCCCACCCACUUGUUGGAUCCAUCAUGGAUUCACAAGUCCAUCCACCAUCGUCACCUCUAGUGUUGCAGGAGAGGCUGGUUGGAUCCUCAGGCAUUUGGCAAGUUCAUACAUUUGAUUCUGUGUAUGCGAAGUCGCAAUAUGUUUGGCUCUUUCGUUGUGCGAGAAAGCGAUGCAUUGGGAGUUUGAUGAGAGGUCAUUCAUGCAGGCUCCGGUGAUUGCACAUGUCAACUGCAAAGCUGACACCUUGUAUCAUCUGCGCGAUUAGUUGCGGGGGUUUAGAUAAAGAAAAGUGCCGAAAAGAGCUCACUACAUACUCUAGACAUUGAUGGACGGAAGGACGAGCGGACAUGCAAGCUCUGCCGAUCACACAUGUGAGCUUCAAAGCUGACAAGCACAGCAGUCCACGAAGCGUCGAUCGGGAUCGAGGUUCAGCUCCAUCUGCACGCUUUUUGCAACGGUGUUAUUUGAUCCAGGAGCAGAGCAGAUCCUCAGACUGUUGGGAAGAUAAAACCCCUGAGACUCACACCGAGACUCUCUUGCUGGAGGAGUCGUGCCUGGCUUCUCCAACGGAUUCCCAGCAGUCAAACAUCCGAGAGGUGGUAUCUUUGGGAGUCGGUUUGGGAACCGUUCUGUGCAGUUUGACCACUUAAGGAGCAUUUAUGAUUAAUGGCAAACGGACUGCGAGGGCAAAUGAGUAUUGACAGCUGCAGUUGGCAUUUCAUGUAUUUUGGAAAAAGCCACAACUACGACUCUCACGUGCACGGAUCCGAUUCAGAUUCAUGUGUUGUAGUUUUCCCUUUUUUCUGAUGGAAAGUGACGCUAGGCUCCUGCAUCUGUGUUCAGCUCGCGCAAAUGUCACUGGUGCAACUCACCGUCGUCUCGGCCUAGUCGAGCACUUUCCACACCACCUGUCAGAAGUUUCUUAGGCCGAAACUGAAUCUGCCGUUUGUAGAUUAUCGACUUUGACAUGACCGCAGGGCUGAUGGUCUGAUGGUGACGACAGGAUUUUUUGCAGAUCUAAGUCAGCUCGUACAAAGAAAUGACAGAAUCGCGCCCAUAAAGUUUUUAGUUCAACUCGAUCGCUUGAGUGAGGAAUGUGGGUAAGGCUGCACACCGAAGGCAGCUGUUGCGUGUCGCAGUAAAAGUGGUCACUUGAGUUGAAUGGUCGAAGGUAAUGAGCUUAGAUGAGCUGUUCUCAUCAUGUAACUGCUUCAUACUAGAACUUGUAAACCCAUCGAAUUAUCAUCCCCCAUUGCUGUGACAUGGAUAUGAUCUAGUCUGAUAUAUUCUCAGGAUUGGUGAGCUCGAAUCCUGGCUUUAUUUCUAAGCUGCAACUGUAUAUUCUUGCAGCUGGAGGAAGACUUAACUUUGCUCGAAUUAUUCAUAAAUGUUUCUUAUCACCUACCAAUAAAGCUUGCAUCAUGCUUCC